AUGACAUGGUCGGACCAUGCACCGAUAACAAGGACUGUGACCUCCCCUCUCUUUCGACCCCGCACCACCCAUUGGCACCUUAAUGAAACUCUCUUCUCAAACAUGACCUUGGUUAAAGAUGCACACACGACACUGACGCAAUACUUUAUGGAAAACACAAUGGCCAAAACACCCGCCGCUAUUAUCUGGGAGGCCCAUAAAUGCACGAUACAGGGAUUCUUCUUGGCAAGGGACAUUACGCUGAAGAAAAGUAGGGAGACAGCGAUUAGAGACCUCACAGAUAAAAUCCAAGAUUUGGAAACCCCACACAAAACUGCCAACACCUUAGACACAUAUCAAGAACUAGCAGACGUGAGGGGGCAACUACCCUCUCUCCUCCGACAACAUCACCAACACUCUCUUCAGCACACUAAAGCAUUCUUUUACAUAAACAGUGAUAAAUGCGACAAACUUCUUGCCACACUUAUAAAUAAGAAAUGGAACAAGACGUAUAUUACCGGCUUACGUGACACACAGGGCCAACCACAGAGGAUGCCAACACGCAUCGCCAAAGUAGCACGCGACUACUUCAAAAACUUGUACUGA